AUGGAACUUGGAAAAUUCUUUGUGCUGGUUUUGGCCUGCAUUUUGCUUGUUUCAGGCAAUGCAGAUGCUAAAGUCAAACGCGGAGAAAUCUCUACCGAAAAGGACAUGGCCUUCCUAGGGAAUUUUUAUUUCCAAAACAGGGAGGACAACGUCCUUAACUACACCAUUAGAUACCCUGCUGACCAAUGCUGCUAUCGACUCCUCAUAUUCGAUGAAAGUAAUGGACAGUGGGGAAGCAUACGACCGAACGAAGAUAGACUGACCUGUCGGGGGAAAAUGGACAGAAUCAAGGAUCUUGACUUCAAGAUCAAAUUGACUGGCCUUGAUCCUACUUGUCACCUUACCACUGAUGAAAAGGGUUUUAAAUGGCUUGUUUGUCAAGAUACCAUCACCUUCGAAUCCCGACAGCGACCACAGCACUACUUUGUUCAGUUGGCAAAUUGUAGGAGUAAUAGAAAGGGGUUGAGGAAUGUCUCGUACACCUUACAUAUGACCAAUGGGAAACAUGGACUGAUGAAGGAAUUUGCCCAGAAUCAGAAGUUCAUUAUGGAGACUGACUUGGCCUUCUUUCUUGGAUACGUGGCGAUGACUAUCGUGGCUACCAGAUUCAGAUACGUCUUGUCGCUGAGGAAACUACUGCACCUAACCUAUCGGUUAUUCUACAGCAGUCUGUUCUUCAAGACAGUGUGUCUUCUACUCCUAAACAUCGAUUUAUCGAGGUUUGCCCGGACCGGACUUGAAAUGACCAAGAUGCAAGACGCUGCUGAGGUAUUCUCGUGGCUGUCUACGGUUUUCUUUGUGUGUGUUCUGCUGCUUGUGUCAAAGGGGUUCUCUAUCACCAGAGCUCAGAUAAGCCUACCUGGAACAGUGAAGACAAUAGUGUUUGGUGCUAUCUACUUGACAUUCUACACUAUCGUCUUCUUUGACCAACGUGUGCUUCUGGACCCCCAAGACAUCAUUACCAGUACGACGUCACUAUCAGCAAGCGGUUUGAUCGGCCUAAAGUUUACUGGGGCCAUCAUAUUCGUAUACGGCUGUAUGGUAACGAUCAAGAACCACCCUAGAAAGGUGCCCUUCUAUUUACCAUUCGCUAUCUUCUUUAGUGUUUGGUUUGUAGCUGAGCCUACCUAUCGACUUUUAUACUUGUACGUCUACCCAGUUCUGAAAAGUCCAAAUAUCUGGAAUGGGAUCGACCUUGCUCUGUCUUUUGCUGGACAUGCCUAUUUCCUGUAUUUAACGCGACCGGACCGUCUUAAUAAACGGUUCCCUUUCCAUCUGCGUGCAGGCAAGGUUUCUUUCCGUGAUAUCGAUGAGAACGUAGAAGAUCUCUAUACUCCAUCGAAUGACUUCUAUUCAGUUUUCCAAACUGAGAAGAAACCGGAUAUCAGAACUGGAACGACACUGACUAUCCCUGAAGAACCCCAGCGCUUCGAAACCCCUGUGGUGCCUUUCAACGCACCUUCGGAAGAGUGCUUGGUUGUUCUUCCUCGAACAUCCUCAUCGGAGAUACCAACCGUGUCUGCUACUGUCGACCUAUCGUACCGAACACCCUCACCAGUUAUACCAACGGUAUCUGGUACUGUCCAGAAACAGACACCUGCAACGUCCUCGGUAUUUGUUCCCAUGCCUUCGGGCGUGACUAAGCAGUCAUUCAAGAUCACCCCUGCUGGGUCACCAAGCUGUAAGCUACGCAUGAAACAAAUUCCUGAGAAAGACCGGGCGGCUGUUGGGAUUUCUACGGCUUCUGUUCCUAAUGGAGGGUUCUCUGUAUUCUGCGUCCAGAAACAACCGGACACUGGAACUUCUCCUGUAUCUGAUUCCAUCACAAAGGAACACAAGGAGAAAUUACAGCCCAACGAAAAGGUUGUUGCUCCAAAAGGAGGAUAUUCCAUCUUCUCUGUGAACAAGCAACCGGACACCCUGACUUCUCCAAAGAACUCUGGCAUGGAUGUAACAGAUCAUAAGAAGAACAACUCUGUGAACUUGGAUCAACCCAUUGGUAGUGAUGGCUACAGCUUCCUGCCACGGAUUACAUCAUCCGUCGAAUCAACUGUGUCAUCUUCCCCUAAGACCAUCAAGGGAUCCGGAUCUGAUACCAAACUGACCAACUGUCCUCUGGAGAGUCUGCCACCCUAUCAACAUCAAGAGCCGUCAAAGACCAAGGCCCCUUGGGAAGCUGUAUCUGAUUUGAAGGUGCAUGAGACCAGAGUUGCUGAGAAUCCGAAACAGAUGACUGACUCCGACUUGCAACCUCAGGACACGGACGAAGCCGGAUGUUAUAGCCAGGUCAACGGCGGCACUAAAGUGAAGCUCAUUAACGUGUUACCAGCUCAAAAUGCCAACUUGCCAUCAAUGAGCACUCGAGAUUCCGAGCCUGACAUUGCAGUGCCUAAGAUCCAAAGCCAGAAUAACAGCGGCACUCCAAAUGUGAGGGUCAUUCAAGUAGAACCAGCCAACGACCCUUAUUUGAAGAUCUCUCCUGCCAGGGAAUCAAAACCUGCCGACCAGGCUUUCGGGAAUGAGACUACAACUAAGGCAUGCAGCAACACCGUCAUCAACGCACGCUUCAUCACCGUGAAACCAGUGCACGAGCCUCUGCAAACCGUGACCAGUGACGUAUCUGCUGCACGAGUCGAGAAAGUCCUUGAGGCUGCGAACGAGGCUGUUCCUGAGAUAAAAUCUGUUCCCACUGAGGUCAAAGUCUCCGAGGCAAAGUCACAUUCAUUGGCAACGAAUGAUGGGCUCCCAAUCAAAAACAACGGACCCCUCGAAGAUCCACUCAAGUGGCAGUACUCGGUCCCUCCUCCAAAGAUCCAGAACUGGACCACCGAGCCCCUGGCGCAGUCAAAGAGCCAUCUCUCCAACAACGGACAAGGAGAAAUGUCUGAGGAAGAACCGCUCUCCGACCAUCACCAUGAUGAACCUCCAGCUACUCCAAAGGAAACAGACACAUGUAUUCCUCCUUCAUCUGAUGACAUCGUGGUCGCUCCUGCGGCAGAUGGAGGAGAUUUCUUGAAGCCUUCCAAAAAGACCCGGAAGGAGCCUUCACAGAGGCGAUUCCCAAAAUCAACCAACCCGGGAAUGACUCCAGACACAUCUUCUGAUAUCCAACGAACGGCUAUGGAUCCGAAAACAAAGAAGAAGCUCCUCAAACGUUUCCUAAAGCUCGCUCGCAGGCGCAAGAAGAAGCCUGCGAAGGCAGACUAGGAACAAACAAAUCACUCCAACCAUGCGUCAACGAUUUCAAAGCAAACCGAAUACUUUUGGGCCAUAAACACACCUUCAACUUACUUAAACCAUUCUUCAAUCAUAAACAACGGAAGAUACUUUUGGAUCAUAAAACAGACCAGUAAAUGGCUAGGAUAUUGAAAAUAGUUUGAUUUAUAUCAAGCUAUAUACGGAAAUUGAAAGCAAUAACGAAUUUUGAAUACGUCUUAGUAAUGAAAUUUAUAAUAGAAAUUUAUUUUAUUCAAGAAACCAAGAAGUAUGCAACAGAGACUAUGUAGCCAUCGAUUACUUAGCAAAUAAGAUGUAUUAAUUUCAUUGAAACUAGAAGAGUUAUGAAAUCAUGAUUACAAAGCGAAUGAAUUAUCCCUAAAAUUAUAUUAACAGUUGGAAGACGCUAUUCAUCUUAUGCUGUAUUUUGUAGAGCUUAGUUACAUACAAAAAAAUUGUACGACUAGCAACUUGGAUAUUAUUGCCACUGUACUCUGAAGCAUUUGGUUGUCUUGGUGAACUUUUCACUGAAACGAGAAAGAGAAUGAAAGAAAUAUCUACCCAGCAAAGGGAUUGAAAAUUUAAAGAAACUUGAAAUAUUUCGAAAUCAAAUUCAUAGAACAUGCUGAUAAUAGGACAUUACCAAUGAAAGAUAUUUUUAACAACUAGGCUUACGCUAGUAAAAAUGCAGCUGAAAAGGAUAACCAAAAAUGGGAUUGAGAUUAUAAAAUUGAUCAAACUAUGUAAC